UGGACUGUUAGAGAUUGGGCAGAAUGGACAACACAUCAUUAAAUGACAGUUUUGUUUUAACUAUGCAAAUCUUUGAUAUACCAUCCUUUGGAAAGUAUCCUGCUUUUUUACUUGGAAUUUCUGUAUACUUGUUUUCUGUUCUCUGUAACCUGACUAUUUUAGUUGUAAUUGCUGUAGAACGUCGUCUCCACACACCCAUGUAUAUCAUACUCUUCAGUCUACCUCUCAAUGAUUUGAUUGGAAUCACAUCUGUGGCUCCACAGGUAUUGUUAAGCAUUCUGACUGAAAGAAACGUGACUUAUUACCCUUUAUGUGUCUUUCAGGCAUUCCUGACCCACAUGUAUGGGGGUGCAGUGCUGCUUAUAUUGACAGCCAUGGCUUUUGAUAGGUACAUUGCAAUUUGCAACCCUUUAAGAUACAACACAAUCAUGACAACCCACACUGUAAUAAAACUCAUUGCAUUAGUCUGGGGGUUUGAUUUCAUUCUUAUCAGCACACUUUUUGUUCUACUGUUAAGGCUGCCUACAUGCCGAAACAAUAUCUCAAAUGUGUUUUGUGACAAUCCGUCCCUUCUUAAACUGACCUGUGCAGCCACUGUCGUAAAUAACAUUUAUGGGUUGUUCAUUACAGCUGUUCUGCAAGUAAUAAGCAUAUCUGCAGUGGUAUACACAUAUGUUAAAAUCCUUCUCGCAUGCUUAGUAAAGAGACAAGCUGAUGCCAGGAGUAAAGCAAUCAACACAUGUGUAUCACAUUUACUUGUAUUUGUUCUUUUUCAAUUUGUAUCUGCUUUUACAAUACUUUCAUACCGAUUUGAGAACAUUUCUUCAAAUUUACGAAAAAUCACGUUCAUGUCUUUAAUGCUCUUUCCUCCACUCCUAAAUCCACUAAUAUAUGGCUUGAAAACAAAAGAAAUUAGGAAUACAUUAAUAAAGGUUUUUAAAACCAGAGUGUCGAUAAAAUAA